AUGAUGAUCAUCAUCUGCUUGGGGUAAACAAUUACAUUCUACUACAUACUAAUUAAAAAACGAUUCAUCACACUCGUAGGCUACCUAAUAUCCAUCCUAAGCUUACUAUCAUCGUUUUAUCAAUUUAUGCCAUACUUUUAUACUGAAUUCUAAUAAAUUGAAUUCACUUGGAUUUUUGAUAUCUCCUAAUUCAUGGCACUGAAUUUUGCUUUAUGCCCAAAUUUUAUAUUAAAUCAGUUUCUUUAAUUUCUAUUUGUUUCAUCUCGAUUAUUCAUGAGGAACUUUGCUUAUUUGAAUCCGUUUUCCUUUAUCCUCAUAUUGUAUUUGAUACUAUUUUGGUAAAAAGAGUAUUUCAGAUAAAAGCAUAAUAGAAAUUAAUUUUUUUUAAAAGAACAGUAAAAAUAAGCAUUGUUUUUAUGGGAUAAUUUAAUAGAAGAAAAGAUAGUGCUAUUAUCUUAUGAUGAGACUUGGAAUAAGAUUGAUUUAAUAUUUGCAAAUUCAUCAAUUAAAUAAUUGAUGAAUUUGGAUUCUAAAGAAUUUUUAAAAGAUUUUAGAAUUUCCAAUCUUAAAAAAGAUUUUUAUCAAUAUUUAUUAGAGAGGAUUCAUGAUAAGACCUAUCAAUUUCAGGUUAAGGUGGUACACAUUUCAAAAAAGAAAUAUGUAAUAAAUUGCUUUAUGAAUAAAUUAAUUGAAUUGAAUAUCUCAUUAAAAUUUUCAGAACUCUAAUCAGAGAAAGAUUAUUAAAAUAAUUAUUCUUAUCUCAAGUUGCUAAAAAAGAUUAAAAUGAUAGACAAAUAACUCUACUAUAAUGAAAUCCAAAAGCAUAUUAUAUAAUAGUCAUACUACUUUAAAAAUGUAACGAUAGAUUAAGUUGAGUAACUAACUCUUUUAAAGUUGAGGGGUUUUAUUAAUUUUAUUAUGAAGAACAAUCCGGCUAAAGUGUUAUUCCAUCUGCAGCAGUUUAAUACAAUUUUGCCCCUCCUCUUCACUCUGAUUAGUUGUCUAAAGAAAUUAUAUAAAAUAAAAGAAAUUCAUUUUAUAGAACUGAACUAAAAUGAAGUCAACUUUAUCAUAAUUGGAAGAGAGAAAAAAAAACUUCCUUAAACGAGAGUAGAAAUUUGCAAAAAAAUAAUCAAUCGUAUCGUGGAUUAGGUUGGGUUGUAUGAAUGUGUUUUUUAUAUAACUUAAUUUAAUUGUACUUUAGUAAAUAUGUAAUUUAAAAUCGAAUCAACUCCUUAGUAAGAUUAUUAAAUAAAUUUUAUUAUAGCUCACUUGAAUGA